UACAGGUGGCAGCCUUCAACAGAACAGCUCCGCCCUUUGCGGUCAUGCAAAGUAGUGGUAGUUUAUCUGGUUCCAGUAUCGAAGGUAAUGGUUUAGACAGUCCAAAAAUGACUUCUACUAGCGCCAAAGGUUCGGCUUCGUUGGCCUCAGCCAGGAAGGAUUCAAAUCGCUCAAGGAGUUCAACCAGAGUAAUGUCUAUAAACAAACCGGCUUCACCAAGAACUUUGAGUAGUGGAAACACAAAAAUAUUUGAGAAGCCCUUGUUUAAAGCUAAGAGAACCCCCAAGUGGAUUGAUAAGAGACAAAUGACAGGAUCUAUGAGAAGGUCGGAUAAAGAUGAUCAGUACUUCUCAUGUUUCUCUGUCUCAAAGAUGCCUGGAAAACUUUCAAGUUCAUUUCACUACGAGCAAGUUGAGUUGGUGAGCCCUCAGGGAGUAGUUAAACCACGUGAUGGCAACUGCAGCACCAAUGUAAAACGGGUUGCUGACCCUGGAAAUAAUCCUUCUAGUAGGAUGAUAUGUGAUGCUCGUAGUUAUAGAGAAUGGCUGAGAUCAGGAGCAAGCAAAGAUAAGGUGUCAGGAUCCUAUGGAAGGCUGAGUGUCACUAGUGCUGAGGCUUGCAAGGAAGUCAAGGAGGAAGUUGUUGAGAGUCACCUUUCAUGUACUAAAAGGCGGAGGGUGGAUUUUGAUUCCACACAACAAUGUUAUUCUUGCAAUGCAGAACUGGGGAACACAUUGCAUAGUGUAUUUCCUGUUCAGGAUGGAAAGGAAUUGAUUUCUGAGCUCAAUAUGUAUCAGACUGAAGAAUAUUCCAGUGAUGUGUUAGACAAGGAAUCUCAGUUAGAAAUUAAAACUGGCAGUGGACAUAAUGCAUGUGUCACCUGCAUGCUUGGGGGAAAGCUUUUGUCCUGUGUUGGAAAAGGGUGCAAAAGGAAGUUCCAUCUUUCAUGUCUUGUUCCUGCUCUAGGUAAUGAACCUCCUGGAGUUUGGCACUGUGUUUGGUGUGUUAAAAAGAAGAAAGAACUUGGUGUGCACUCUGUUUCUGAAUUAGAGUCCAUUUGGGAUGCUAGAGAGGUUGUUUCUGAUAAAAAAGCAAUGCAAAGUGAGAAGCAAUACUUGGUAAAGUACCGAGGUCUUGCUCAUGUUCACAACCGCUGGAUUCCUGAACAAAAGCUGCUUUUUGAGGCUCCAACACUUGUUACAAAAUAUAAUAGCAAGAAUCAGUUUUUUCAGGUGAUUAGGUGGAAAUCAGAAUGGGCUGUUCCACAACGUUUGCUACAGAAGAGAAAGUUAUUGUUUCCUACAAAUUCUGAUGAGAAUAAUUUACAUUGCACUUCUGAGUGGCUAGUGAAAUGGACUGGCCUUGGUUAUGAGCAAGCUACAUGGGAAUUGGAGAAUUCUUUAUUUUUGACGUCACCUGAAGCUAUGGAGCUCAUAAGAGAUUUUGAAAUUCGGCACAAAAAGUCAGAAAGAUUGUCUUCCCAUUCCGAAAAAGAGAAGGAAAAUUGCACCAUUUCUGAAUUAUCACAUUUGUCAUUUGGAGGUUCAUCUGGAGAAUACGAUCAUUAUCUGAGUUAUGUUAAUAAGCUUCUUGCACAUUGGCACAAAAAUCAGAAUGCUGUUGUCUAUGAUGAUCAGGCGGAUCAGGAGCGGGUUAUAAAGGUGAUUUUGUUUGUUUUGUCUUUGCAAUUUACUGCACGGAGACCUUCUCUGAUAAUCUCAAAGUCAGCUGCUCUUUCUUUAUGGGAAUCUGAGUUCUUACGCGUGGCAUCAUCUGCCAAUAUCAUAAUUUAUAAAGGUAGCAAAGAUGUCUGGAGUAGUAUUAGGUCAUUGGAAUUCUACAAUGAAAGUGGUUCCAUUAUGUUUGAGAUACUUCUAUCCUCUUCUGAUGUUGUUGCUGAGGAUUUAGAUAUGCUAAAGUGCAUAGAAUGGGGAGCUAUUAUAAUUGAUGAGUGCCAACGCCCCAGAAUGUCUAGAUAUUUUGAACAAUUCAAGAGGUUAAUAGCUGAUAUGAAGCUUCUUCUUGUUAGUGGUCAAAUCAAGGAUUGCUCUGCUGACUAUCAAAACAUACUAUCUCUCCUUGAUUCUGGAUGUGAGAUAAGCAGCGAUGAUGUGAAGAUUGACUCUAAUACUGAUGUUUGCAAACUAAAGGAAAGAUUUGCGCGUUAUUUUGCAUUUGAGUACAAGUUAGGCUUCUCUAGGUUUGUUGAGUAUUGGGUUCCAGUCCAGCUUUCUUAUCUGCAACUUGAACAGUAUUGUGCUACAUUGCUUUCAAACUCAAUGCUUCUUUCUUCAUCUUUGAAGAGUGAUCCAGUUGAUGCUCUUCGUGAGCUUAUUAUUUCGAUCAGGAAGUGUUGUGAUCACCCAUACCUUCUUGAUCAAUCUUUGCAAGGUAUUGCCGCAAAAAGUCUUUCUGCAGAAGAAAAUUUGGAUGUUGGAAUAAAAGUGAGUGGAAAACUGCAAAUUCUUGAUAAAAUCCUUUUGGAGACUAAAGCCAGGGGCCUACGAGUGUUAAUCCUUUUUCAGCCAAUUGGUGGCUCAGGACGAGACUCAGUUGGAAAUAUUCUGGAUGACUUUCUCUGUCAAAGAUUUGGUAAGUAUUCUUACGUGCGCAUUGAUGGUGGAGGAUAUGCCCAUUCAAAGAAAAAAGCUGUUGUAAGUAUGUUUAACAAUAAAGAUAGUGGCAGACCUUUUCUUUUGCUUGAAGAUCGUGCUUGUCUCCCAAGCAUUAAACUUUCAGCAGUCGAUGUUGUCAUUCUAUUUGACAGUGAUUGGGAGCCACAGAAUGACAUAAAGGCACUGCAUAAGAUCUCCAUUAGUUCACAGUUUGAGCUGCUUAGAGUGUUCCGAUUGUAUUCAUCUUUUACUGUUGAAGAAAAAAUUCUGAUUCUUGCUAAGGAAGGUAGAAGUGUGGAUAGCAAUAUACGAACUUUAAGCAGGAACAGCUGCCUUAGAUUGCUAAGUUGGGGUGCCUCUAAUCUAUUCAAUAAGCUUGAUGACUUUCAUGGGUGUAGUAAGUCAGUCUCAGUUUCAAAUGUUUCUUGUGAACAAUCAUUUCUGAAUGCUGUAUUGUCAGAGUUGCUAACCCAAUUACCUUGUGGUGGUGAAAGCAAUCAUUCUGCCAACUGUUCAUUUAUUACAGAAGUUCCUCAGAACGUUGUCUAUGAUAGAAACAUUUCUUUAUUUGGUGAAAAAGAAAUAGGAUCAAUGGGCAAUGAACCAUCAAUAUUUUCCUGGCUAAAACUGCUUGAAGGAAGGCAUCCACAAUGGAAAUUGUUAACUGAGUCAUCUCCAAGAAACCGAAAGAAGGUUCAAUAUCUUGAUAAUUUCCCAAGAAAAUCUGAAUUUGAAUAUGAUGGUGUUAUAAAGAAAAGCAGGAUGGCAGUCAACAGCAUAGAUGAUCCUACAUAUCCAAAAUGGAAGUUCAAGGGCAAAAGGAAAGUAACUGUUGUGAACAAGAAAAGAAAGCUGGCUGCAGCUUCUAAGAAUAUAAGUGAGAAAAUUUUUCCUUGCUCAGCAGAUGGUAAGAAAGAUGUAAAUCAGAACAAUCAAUUGUUGCUGAAGCUUGGGAUCUCGAAACUUUGUGAAGUUCUGCAACUUCCUGAGGAUGUCAGGGGCACUACAGUGGCAUUUCUUGAGUACAUAAUGCAAGAUUAUGAUGUUAGCUGGGAAUCACUUUCUUUAUUGCAGGCAUACCAGAUAUCUCUGUGUUUGACAGCUGCUGAUUUGUUGAAAUAUAAGAUUGAUCAGAACAAGUCACUUGCACUUGCAAAACUACGCUUAAAUUUGGAUUGCAGGGAUGAAGAGGUAGAAUUUAUCUACUCCAACUUGCAGAGUGUUGCGAAAAAGUUUGCACAAUGUUCUGAGAAAAUAAAGAGUUACAAGAAGUCAAAUUGUUUAAAGAAAGUUCACAUUAACCCCCAAUAUAGUGUGCAUAAACCUAUACCCUCUACUCCUAGAUGUAAUCAAAGUGGAACUGUACAGAGUGCUUCACCUAAUGAUCCUGAUGAAUCUCUUUCUGAAAAGACAGUAUCCAGUUUACCUGUGAAAAUAGUAGAUGGUCAUUUCGGAUCUGAUUCAGAGCUUGGUUGUCCCAGUGAUCAACCAAAAGAUCAUACCCUUGUAUCAGAUUCUCAACAACACCAAAGUCCUCUUAGACUGCCAGCCACCGAAUCUGUAGCAGAACCUUCUGAAAUUCCCCGUGCUCAAUGCAAUGCAGUGGUUAGAGGCAAUGCUACCCAUGCUACCCAGUACAAUGAAGAAAGUGUUGAAAUAGAUGCGGUGGCCUCAGAAAGAGAGACUGUUUCAAAGAUCAGUCAGCAUGAUACUGCAGUUACUUAUCUUCCUGGAGACUCAAACGGUAUGGAGUUUAUUCGGACUCGUCAAUCCUUGGUGGAGGCAGAUGUUAACUUCAUUGAAUCAAAUUCAUUGCUGUGCAAAGAGACAGCUCUCUCCUUUCUACGUCCUAUAAGGCCAUCUUCCUCUGAGAGCAAUAUAUCUAUUAUACCUGCAUCUGGGAUGCAACAUCAUCUCAGCAGCAUUCAGCAUGCUCUCUGUCAAGAGGUUGCAGUUCCAAGACACCCAUCCUUGGAGGUACCACUGGAUGAAUCAUCUGGUUCUCCUAUUAUGCUUUCAGUUACACUUUUGCCUCAACAGCCAUCUGCAAGUACUCCUGUGCUUGGAAGUGAAACGUGCAUUGGGAACCAAAGGAGCACAAAUACUAUGUUAAGAUCUCUAAAUGAGCUUCCUUGUCAAGUCAACACUGUGAGACCUGUGACACCUCAGCCAGCUUGCUCAAAUCCACUUCAAAUUGAGCUGGAGAGAAUAGAAAAGUAUAAAGAUCAAACUUUGAAGCUACAUGAAGAUAUGAUAUUGCAGCUGAAGUCUGAGCGCGAUAAAGAGAUAGAAGAAAUAUGUAAAAAGUAUGACGUUCUCCUUCGAGAUGCUGAGAUAGCAUUCAAGCAAAAGGAACAGGAUCUCGAGUGUUAUUGCAGCAGAGUUCAAUUAAAUAAUUUAUUGGCAGAAACAGUGACGUAUAAUCUGAACGAAGAAGCAGCUGGAUCAACAGUGAUUGACAGUUUCAUUAAUCAGUUGAUUCAGCAAACUACUUCGAUGCUUGAUCCUCGAAUUGAGCCACCAUUGACAGGCCUAGGUGCAGCACCACCUGUGCAGACGUCUAACGAUUCACCAACUGGUGUUGUUGCACAACAUUCCAGUCCCACAAUCCAUGUUGCACGAAGCAACUGGGUUGGCAUUGUUCGAGCACCAGCUCCACACCUUCGAGCCUUAAAUCCACCAUCCAUGUCAACCCCUCAUGUAUCAGCCUCGCAUGGGAAGGAUGCCCAAUCUGCAAUAUCAAGUAAUACAAAGACAAUCUUAGCUGUAGACUUGCCAGUUUUCAAUAGUUAUGUUUAA